UUGUAUCUUCUGACACACCUUGAUUGCAUUUUCAUUUUCAUUAUAUAUUUUUUUAUAGAUUUCUCAGCUCAUAAAACCAUUCUCUCUCUCUCUCUCUCACUCUUUUUCCCUCAAAAGUUCUCUCUGUUGCUCAUCAAAGUUUGCUUUGUUUAUGCUUGCCUUGCAUCAAAUGAUUUGAAAAGAACAAGGUCAAAUCAAAACUACUUCUUCUGAUCUAUUCACAGUUUAGUUUACAAGAUCAUGAAGCACGUGUGUCUUUCAAUAUCCGUCACACCAGUUAAGUAACAAAGUAACAACAACAUAUUUUUACUCAAAAAACAAUGGCAACGUACUAUCAUGGUGGUAAUUCUGAAAUCCAAUCAAGUGGUGGCGGCGGCGCCGACGGACUUCAAACACUUGUUCUCAUGAAUCCAAGCUAUAUACAAUAUUCUGAUGCUUCACAGCAACAACAAGCUCAACAACCUUCUCAUGCCACGGCCGGUAACUAUGUUUUCCUCAACUCCACAGCCGCGGAAAACAACUCCUUCUCACCUCACGCGCCACCUUCCAACACUCAACAAUUCGUUGGCAUACCUCUCAACCACCAACAACACCAAAUCCACGCGCACCAUGACGUUGUACCUUCUUUGCAUGGCUUCCUUCCACACGUGCAGUACAAUCAAUGGAACACAAUUGACCCCAACACGGCAGCGCGUGAUACACCACGCGCUCAACAAGGACUGUCUCUUAGUCUCUCUUCACAGCCCGCAAGAUUCGUUUCUAUGUCUGGUGGUUCGCCAUCUCCAGCUUCUGGUGUUACUACCAAUAAUAACAAUGGGAAUCCGGGGAUUCAGAUUCUGAGCUCCAAAUAUUUAAGGGCUGCACAUGAGCUUUUAGAAGAGGUUGUGAAUGUGAAUAGUGGUGUUGAAUUGGGUAAGAAGAGUGGUGGUGGAAUGAGCAAGGUGAAUAUUGGAGAAUCAUCGGGAGUUGGUAGUGGAGGAGAUGGAUCAAUCAUUGGUGGUGCAGAGGGGAGUGGAAAACGUAGCUCUGAACUAUCAACAGCUGAAAGACAAGAAAUACAGAUGAAGAAAGCUAAGCUAAUUACCAUGCUUGAUGAGGUGGAGCAAAGGUACAGACAGUACCACCAUCAAAUGGAGAUUGUUGUUUCCUCGUUCGAGCAAGCCGCCGGAAUCGGCUCCGCUAGGACUUACACUGCCCUUGCACUGCAAACAAUCUCAAAGCAGUUUCGGUGUUUGAAAGAUGCAAUAACAGGACAGAUAAAAGCUACAAAUAAGAGUUUGGGUGAAGAGGAUUGCUUUGGAGGUAAAAUUGAAGGUUCAAGGCUCAAAUAUGUUGAUCAUCAACUACGUCAACAACGUGCUCUACAACAGUUGGGAAUGAUCCAGCAUAAUGCUUGGAGACCCCAAAGAGGAUUACCUGAAAGAUCUGUAUCUGUUCUUCGUGCUUGGCUCUUUGAACAUUUCCUCCACCCUUAUCCAAAGGAUUCAGACAAGCACAUGCUUGCAAAACAAACAGGGCUUACUAGGAGCCAGGUUUCAAAUUGGUUUAUAAAUGCUAGAGUUAGGCUUUGGAAGCCAAUGGUGGAAGAAAUGUACGUAGAAGAAAUGAAGGAAAAUGAACAAAGUAAGAGCAACGAAGAUUCUUCAAUGAAAAUAACAUCCUCUCAAGAAAAAGCUCUCACCUCUGAAACAGAACCUAAAGGUUACAACUCCACACAAGACAUUUCCACAAGCCAAGACACUCCAUUAAUUUCUGUUUCAAGACCACAAACAUCACCACUUGUUGGAAAUGUUAGAAACAAUUCAGGAUUUAGCUUCAUUGGAUCAUCAGAACUAGAAGGGAUACCACAAGGAAGUCCUAAAAAACCAAGGAACCAUGAACUUAUGCAUAACCCUAAUAGCUUCAUUGAUGUGAAGCACAAUGAGGCAAAUAAUGAGGAACUAUCAAUGAAAUUUGGUGAUGACAGACAAAAUAGAGAUGGUUACUCUUUUAUGGGAAACCAAACAAAUUUCAUUGGUGGAUUUGGACAAUACCCAAUUGGUGAUAUUGGUAGGUUUGACUCAGAACAAUUCGCACCAAGGUUUUCAAGUAAUAAUGUUUCACUCACUCUUGGUCUUGAUUCAAUACAAGGAAAUCAUCAAACAUUUCUACCAAACCAAAACAUUCAACUAGGAAGAAGCAUUGAUAUAAGUGAACCAAAUGAAUUUGGUUCUAUAAACACUUCCUCUCCUCAAUAUGAAAGUAUCAACAUGCAAAACCCAAAAAGGUUUGCUGCACAGUUGUUACCAGAUUUUGUGUCCUAAAUAAUAAUACAUUGAAGGGUGAACAAUGUGGUUGCUGAAAUUUCUUUCAUCUUAUCACACUCUCUCAUGAAAGGGAGUAUUGAAAAAUUGUAGUGUAAAGAGAAAGAAGGAUUUUUACAUUAGUAUAGGUUUAUACUCUACAUAGAACCAUUUGAAUUCUUAGAAUAUAGCUUAGGAUUUGAUGGUAUAUGAUUGAGGUUGUAUAUUAUUUUUGUAAUUUCUAUAGAUGGGUUGGUGUCAUAAAUUUUUAUUUGGUAUAGAUACCAAUUAUAUAUCUUUGAUUGGGAAUAUAUGUUGUGAUAUUGUGC